AUUAUAAAACCGUGAAGUGAAAAGAUCGCAAAGUUAUUUUCUCUACCAUUGCACUCUCAAUGAUAUAGUGUUAUAUAUAUGUACACACUACUCUUAUUAUUCGAUCAUUGAUUGAGAGAGCUAGAGAGAGUGCGAGAGAGAGAGAAUGGCGAGUAGCAGUGGCACUGGUUCGCAUUUGUGUCGAAGUUGGCAAUGUAGCGGUGUUUCGAGAUUUGUUCAUUUUGGUGCUAAAAGCAGCAGCAAAUGGAGAUCGAAUCUGUUGUUGAUUCGAACCUUUAGGUCACGCCCUGUUUCGACGUCGUUUUCUGUUAAGAAUGUGUCCACUGAGCCCAAGACCAAAAUCGUAGACUCACUCUCCCAUGAAGCAGCGCCAAGUAACCGGAGUCUUUUUAAUCUGGAUUCCUCAUCUAUUGCCUCAAGUAUCAAAUACCAUGCAGAAUUCACACCAUCAUUUUCUCCAGAGCAAUUUGAGCUUCCAAAGGCUUUCUUUGCAACUGCACAGAGUGUCCGUGAUUCUCUUAUUAUAAAUUGGAAUUCGACAUAUGAGUACUAUGAAAAGUUGAAUGUGAAACAGGCUUAUUAUAUGUCAAUGGAAUUUCUACAGGGUAGAGCAUUGCUGAAUGCAGUUGGUAAUUUGGAGCUGACUGGCGCUUAUGCAGAGGCUUUGACCAAGCUUGGGCACAAUUUGGAAAAUGUAGCUCGGCAGGAGCCUGAUGCUGCACUUGGAAAUGGAGGUCUUGGGCGACUUGCAUCCUGCUUCUUGGACUCUCUGGCUACACUGAACUACCCUGCAUGGGGUUAUGGAUUAAGAUACAAGUAUGGCUUAUUUAAACAGCGCAUCACAAAAGAUGGUCAAGAGGAGGUUGCUGAAGAUUGGCUUGAGAUGGGCAAUCCAUGGGAAAUAGUGAGAAACGAUGUGGCAUAUCCUGUAAAGUUUUAUGGCAAGGUAGUUUCUGGAUCGGAUGGAAGAAAGCACUGGAUUGGAGGAGAAGAUAUAAAGGCUGUGGCAUACGAUGUCCCGAUACCAGGGUACAAAACUAAAUCCACUAUUAACCUGCGACUUUGGUCAACUAAAGCUCCAGCAGAAGAUUUGGACCUGUCUGCUUUUAAUUCUGGGGAUCACACUAAAGCAUAUGAGACCCUAGCAAAUGCUGAGAAGAUUUGCCAUAUCCUCUAUCCUGGGGAUGACUCGGUGGAGGGCAAGAUUCUUCGGUUGAAGCAACAAUACACCUUAUGUUCAGCUUCUCUCCAAGAUAUUAUUGUGCGGUUUGAGAGAAGAUCUGGGUCACAUGUAAAAUGGGAAGAAUUUCCUGAGAAAGUUGCAGUUCAGAUGAAUGACACUCACCCCACACUCUGCAUCCCAGAGCUCAUGAGAAUUUUGAUGGACUUGAAAGGUUUAAGCUGGAAGGAGGCCUGGAAUAUCACUCAGAGAACUGUGGCAUACACAAAUCAUACUGUCCUACCAGAAGCGUUGGAGAAAUGGAGUUUGGAUCUUAUGCAGAAACUGCUACCACGACAUGUUGAGAUCAUAGAAAUGAUUGAUGAAGAGCUUAUACGCACCAUUGUUUCCGAGUAUGGUAGAGAAGAUCUUGAUCUACUGAACAAAAAGCUUAAGGAGAUGAGGAUUUUGGAAAAUGUAGAUCUGCCUGAUGCUUUUGCAGAUUUAAUUAUUAAAACCAAGGAAAGUUCUGCUGCUUCUACUACUAAAGAACCUGAAGACGCUGAUGAUGAAAUCAAGCUGGUUAAUGAAAAAGAUGAACUUGAAAGCAAAGAGGAGUCAGAAAACAAAGAUGAAACAGAAAGAAAAGAUGAACUUGAAAACAAAAACACUCAAAAGAAGGAAAAGGCAGUGGUGGAACCACCACCAAAGAUGGUUCGUAUGGCUAAUCUCUGUGUUGUAGGUGGUCAUGCAGUUAAUGGAGUUGCUGAGAUACAUAGUGAAAUAGUGAAGGAUGAAGUGUUUAAUGUAUUUUAUCAGCUGUGGCCUAAGAAGUUUCAAAAUAAAACAAAUGGGGUUACACCAAGAAGAUGGAUUCGUUUCUGCAAUCCAGAUUUGAGUAAAAUUAUUACUGACUGGACUGGCUCUGAAGACUGGGUUUUAAAUACUGAAAAGCUGGCUGAACUGAGAAAGUUUUCUGAUAAUGAGGAUCUCCAAACCCAGUGGAGGGCAGCAAAAAGAAGCAAUAAGAUGAAGGUUGUACAACUAAUCAAAGAAAAAACAGGGUAUUCUGUCAGCACCGAUGCAAUGUUUGAUAUCCAGGUGAAGCGUAUUCAUGAAUACAAGCGACAACUGCUGAAUAUUCUAGGAAUUGUAUACCGCUACAAGAAGAUGAAAGAAAUGAGUGCUGCAGAAAGGAAAAAAGAGUAUGUUCCAAGAGUUUGUAUAUUUGGGGGAAAGGCAUUUGCUACAUAUUUACAAGCCAAGAGAAUUGUGAAAUUUAUCACAGAUGUUGGGGCCACAGUUAAUCAUGACCCUGAAAUUGGUGAUUUACUUAAGGUUGUCUUUGUCCCCAAUUACAAUGUUAGCGUUGCUGAAUUGCUUAUUCCUGCAAGUGAGCUCUCACAGCAUAUCAGUACCGCUGGGAUGGAAGCCAGUGGAACCAGCAACAUGAAGUUUUCAAUGAAUGGUUGUGUCCUAAUUGGGACCUUAGAUGGAGCCAAUGUAGAAAUACGGAAAGAAGUUGGAGAAGACAAUUUUUUCCUGUUUGGGGCUAAAGCUCAUGAGAUUGCAGGGCUGAGGAAAGAAAGAGCCGAGGGGAAGUUUGUUCCGGACCCACGUUUUGAAGAAGUGAAGGAAUUUGUCAGAAGUGGUGUUUUUGGAACUUAUGACUAUGAUGAACUGUUGGGGUCUUUGGAAGGAAAUGAAGGUUUUGGCCGUGGUGAUUAUUUCCUUGUUGGCAAGGACUUCCCCAGCUAUUUAGAAUGCCAAGAGAAAGUAGAUAAAGCAUAUAGGGAUCAGAAGAGAUGGACCAAGAUGUCAAUCAUGAAUACGGCAGGUUCAUACUACUUCAGCAGUGACAGAACGAUUCAUGAAUAUGCGAGGGAUAUUUGGAAUAUUGAACCUGUCAUACUGCCAUAGUAUUAGUAACUACUUCAGAGUUGAUGAUGCCACAAGCUGUAGGACAGACUAUCGUCUUUGGUUAUCACUCUGUAAUAAUCUUAGGACGAGUAUUGUCUUCCAGAAAUAAAUGCGGUUCAAAUAAUAAAAUAAUCACAGAAUCUAUAUGUAAUUCUACGGUAGCAAGAAUAAAGAAAUGAAUAAAUGUUGAAACUCUCA